AUGCCACUUUUCCCUAUGGAUUCGGGGUUCACAGCCAAAGGCGAAACCAGCACUUAUAGCCAUGCUGUCACAGUCAAAAACCGUCGCAAGCGGUAUCUGGACCUGCACCCAGAAUACUUCUCGGCGGAGCUCGAGCUAGCCGACCCGUUACUAUACGAUCGCCUAAUCCGCCGAUUCCAGACGCCGCAGGAAAGAGAAGAAGCAGGGCGCGCGAAGGGGUUCUCGGGUAUCCUACAGGCGGACCUCUUGCGAUCUGAAGCCAGGAUUGAUGCAAUCGCACAUCCAAAUCCUAAUGCGGAGAUGAGCUACACCCGUGGCCCGGAUGGGGAGAUUCUUGCAGAAGACCGUGAUGAAAUACCCCCCAACAAGGAAGAAGGCGAGCGGCGCUGGCAGUGGGAGAUGGGGUUGCGCUUCGUGCAAGGACAUGACUCUGAUUUUGACUAUAAGACUGUCGAUGAUAAUGAUGAGCUGGAUGACUGGUCUGAUAAGCAGAAUGAGUAUUUUGAGGAUGAGGAACCUGAGUGGGUUGUUGAUAAUACCCGCGGGGAGGAUGCCCGCUCGAGUCUUCAGGGUGAAACGGGAAUCCAGGAUUUCUAG